CGGAAGAUGGCGUUAAACUAGACGUUUUUGACAGUCUCGUAUGCCAGGAAAAUUAUGUUUUUUGGCGCUUCUGUUGACCAUUGACGUUUGUUUAGGUUUUGCAAGUACAACUAUUAACUGUGCAGCUGAUGCAAGUUCUGGAGAGAGGACAAGUUUAACCUGUGACAUAGCUGGCACUAUAGCUUCUGGUAUUGUAUGGGUGAGACCAAAUGGUCAAUCACCACAACUGGUGGUGUCAUGCAACAGAGAUAACACUAUAUGUAUGGCACCUGGGAGUAUAUCUGGUUACAGUGUUGUUGUUGAGCCACCGACACAAGGGCACACUCUUACCAUAGACUCCUUCAACCUUACAACAGAUGUUGGAGAAUGGAGUUGUCUGGAUGGAAUUGGCAGUGGCGAACUUACAUGUAUCCAGAGUCAGACAUUUCCAGAUCCCAAUCCAGAGAGUCAGGUUUCGGAAUCGACCAUUAUCAUAAUAGUAGUGGUUGCUGUUCUAUUGGUCGUCGCCAUUGCAGUAUCUUGGUUCUGUUACAAGAGAAUGAAACAGCAACCGAAAUCUAAGGAAGAGCAAACUGAAAACAAAACUCAAGAGGCUGAAGAUGAAAAGGGCCAACAUGACAAAUGACAAUCCUUCUUUCGGACAGAUAGAUUAAUCAGUUGUGAAGUUAUUUUAAUGGAGUCCAUCAACCAUUUGACCGAUUAAUUGAGUACAUGAUUUAUGACGACUACAGUUAUCCAUCUCUAGUGAUUUUCUUAUUUAUGGAUCCACCAACCAUUUGACCGAUAAAUUACGUACAUGUUUUAUGAUCGAGUCCUAUCUGUCAUGCUAAUAGCCAUUGUUCUACUUCCAAAGUAAUCCGUUUGCCCAACUGAGGGACUACACGUUUCAAGAUCAAGUACAGCAUAUAAUAUUUCAAGUUGUUUUUCUUCUAGUUCUCUGGUGGUCAGUGGACUAACAAAUAUGUUCAGUGUUUGUUUAAAUUACUCUUUAUUCCAACAUUGAAAUAAACAAUGUAUUUAAAACA